GCAGCCUAUCUGAUUUGUGUAGCUGUAUAUACGGCCGUACAUGAGCUCGUACAUAAGCUCGUACGCGAGGCUAUACAAAUCAGCAUAGCUAUACAGCCUUCCAUUUUACAGUGCAUCCUGCCCGAUUUAUGCAACUGUAUAUACAGCUCGUACGUGAGGCUGUACGUAAGGCUAUACAGGCUAUACAAAUCGGAAAGGAUGCGCCGUAAAACGGAGAGACUGUAUAGCCAUGUCGAUUCGUAUAGCCUCACGUAUAGUCUCACGUACGAGCUCACAUACGGCCACGUGUAUAGAGACGUAAAGGUGAAUGCCCGGAGGAAGCUCCGCGCUGCUCCGAGCCAAUUAGAAGGCGGUGAAACGACAGGGGUGGAGGGGGUGUAUGAUUACUCGAAAGGGGGUGUACGAUUAU